AUGGUCCCAUUACCACUAUUCAAGAUUGCGACGUUGUUUGUACGGCACGUCUCCAAAUAUGGCGCGAAUCAUAUCAAACAUCAAGCGCACGAGCACCCCAGAUUCCGAGCCUUUGCUGCGCGAUAUGGCCAGGUGAUACACCAGAUCAACAUGCGUCUAUCUGUCGCGCUAUUACGGAAUCCGGACCUGGAGCAAAGAGCAAAAGAGAAAGCCGAGAAAGCCGAGGCGCCGACGGUGAAAACAGAGGAGCAGGUCAAAAAGGAAGAGGAACUCCGGGCCAAAUACGGGACCUUGCCAAAGACGUCGCACCCAGUGAAGGAGGUGCCCAAGAGCGUGUGGAAACGCAAGUUCCGGCCGUUGCCCGAAGCCAAGGCGGUGGAUCUUUUCGCCGAUGUUAUUGGUGAUACGUUCAUCCUCAGUGUCGCUAUUGGCCUGAUUGUUUAUGAGUAUUGGCGGUCUUCACAGAAGCCGGAUAAGAACAAGGAGAUGAUUGAGGAGCUCCAGAAGCGGAUGGAAGAGCUUAGGACAAAAGAGGAGGAGCUGGAAGCGGUGGAGAAAAAACAACAGGAACGGGUGGCCAUGAUUGAGGAGGCGUUGCGGGCAUUCAAGGAUCCCAAGACGAAACAGCCUCUUUUGCCUACCCCAACAGCCGCAACAUGA